AUGUCGGGCGAUCACAAAACUUUGAUAAAAGGAAGCCCUUCGCAGUAUGUUAAGUUAAAUGUGGGUGGUACACUGUUCUACACGACCAUUGGAACAUUAACAAAAAGUGACAACAUGUUAAGAACCAUGUUUAGCGGCAGAAUGGAGGUGCUCACAGAUUCUGAGGGUUGGAUAUUGAUCGAUCGGUGCGGAAAGCAUUUUGGAACGAUUCUGAACUAUCUCCGUGAUGGAACAGUUGCGCUGCCAGACAGUUACCGAGAAAUUAUGGAAUUGUUAGCAGAGGCUAAAUAUUUCUUGAUUGAGGAAUUAACAGAAUCCUGUCAGCAAGCACUCAGUAAGAAAGAAAGGGAAGCUGAACCAAUAUGCAGAGUUCCAUUGAUCACUUCUCACAAAGAAGAACAACUUCUUAUUAUGUCGACUUCUAAGCCGGUUGUCAAAUUACUUAUCAAUAGACAUAACAACAAGUAUUCCUAUACAAGCACAUCUGAUGACAAUUUGCUAAAAAAUAUUGAGCUGUUUGAUAAGUUGUCAUUGAGAUUUAGCGGAAGAGUAUUAUUUAUUAAAGAUGUGAUUGGCUCUAAUGAAAUCUGCUGCUGGACGUUCUUUGGACAUGGAAAGAAAUGUGCGGAAGUAUGUUGUACUUCCAUUGUUUAUGCAACUGAUAAAAAGCAUACUAAGGUUGAGUUUCCGGAAGCCAGAAUAUAUGAAGAAACAUUGGGUAUUCUGUUAUAUGAAAGCAGAAAUGGUCCUGAUCAGGAUUUAAUACAGGCUACUUCAUCUCGUGGUGCUGUUGGAGGGCUGUCAUGCACAAGUGACGAGGAGGAGGAGCGUUCUGGUUUGGCUCGUCUCAGGUCUAACAAGCAGAACAAUCAAUCUUAG